AUGAAAAACACCCAGCUGUUGUUCGUCCUCACUACCACCUGCCAGGGAGUCCUCGCACAAUGUCCGGGCCUCCCAUCUUCCCUUUCUCUAGAGCCCAUAUCGACUCUGCCAGACCCAUUUUCGUGGUAUCCACUAUCGGAAACAGGUCGGAUCAGCUCAAAAGAUGACUUCACAUGUCGCCAGCAGCACAUCGCUGCGCUGCUACAGCGUUUGGAAUUGGGAGAAAAGCCCCCGUCCCCUUCCACAGUAAAGGCAUCCUUCACCCAAAAUACACUCUCUAUCGCGGCGUCAGAAAGCGGAAAGGAGAUCGCAUUCAAUGUCACUAUCAAAUAUCCCUCGGAGGGAGGCGAUGGUCCUUUCCCUGCCAUGAUCGCGUAUGGGGCGCUUAGUAUUCCUCUACCGGCAGGAGUAGCCACGAUCACAUUCGACAACAGCCAGAUUGCGGAGCAAAACGACCAGAGCAGCCGUGGAAAAGGCCUUUUCUACGAUCUAUACGGGGCAAACCAUACAGCAGGAGCCAUGGCGGCAUGGGCGUGGGCCGUGUCGCUGAUCCUUGACAGCCUGGAGUCUACACCAGAGGCGAAUAUUGCCGUCACCAAGGUCGGAGUAACCGGAUGCUCGCGUAACGGCAAGGGCGCGAUGGUCGCGGGAGCGUUGGACUCGCGGAUUGCGUUGACAGUCCCGCAGGAGUCCGGCACCGGUGGAUCAGGCUGCUGGCGUCUGUGUGAAGCCGAAGAAGGCGCUCCUGAGAAGGUCCAAACAGCGGGUGAAAUCGUCCAGGAGAACGUGUGGUUCUCGACGAGCUUCAAUGCAUAUACGGAUAAUGUUGACCGUCUUCCGUUCGAUCAUCACAUGCUGGCUGGGCUUAUCGCUCCGCGCGCCUUGCUUUCGCUGGACAAUGCGGGUUAUCAAUGGCUGGGACCAUGGUCAUCCCUGGGAUGUAUGCAAACAGGUCGUAUGAUUUGGGAGGCACUGGGCGUUCCUGAUCACAUGGGAUAUUCGCUGUCGACCGACCAUUCCCAUUGCGUGUUUCCUGAUGAGCAAGCCGAGGACUUGUCGGUGUUCAUACGUCGGUUCCUCCUCGGAGAGGAGACCAACACCACAGUGCAGAAGAGCUAUCCGGGGAUCUCAUUUGAAAAAGCAGAUUGGGUUGAUUGGGAGGUGCCAACUCUGACUUGA